UUGAUUGGUGAAACAUUAGUAGUAUAUAAAAUGGAAAAGCAUGAAGGGACUACACGCUCCAAGGUGCAAUCGAGUGAAAUGAUACCUGUUCCAAUUCUUGAGAAAGGAGUUUUUCGUUUUGACUGUUCAGUGGAAGAUAGAAAUAAUACAUUACCGAGCUUAUCUUUCAAAAAUCCAAAAUGCAGGGAUACACCAAUUACUAGCAGUGACGUAGAUCCCACCUACACUCCUACAUUUGAGCUUGUUAAUAAAAAACAAAGAGUCAAUAUUGAGUUGCCGCCUGGCACCUCUUUUUAUGGAACUGGAGAAGUUAGUGGGCAGCUGGAGCGAACCGGAAAGACAAUUGUUACUUGGAAUACUGAUGCGCACGGCUAUGAUGAGAAGACAACUUCCUUGUAUCAAUCACAUCCUUGGGUACUAGCGGUUCUCAGUGAUGGAAAAGCACUAGGGGUUCUUGCAGAUACUACAAGACGAUGUAAGAUUGACUUGAGUAAGGAAUCCAAUAUAAAGAUCGUAGCUCCAAUAUCAUAUCCUUUGAUCACAUUUGGUCCAUUUGAUUCACCAGAAGAUGUUCUUAUGUCUUUCUCCCGUGCCGUUGGUACUGUUUUUAUGCCUCCCAAAUGGUCAUUGGGCUAUCAUCAAUCUCGUUUCAGCUAUGAUUCUGAUCAACGAGUUCGUGAGAUUGCAAGUACAUUUCGUGAAAAAAAAAUACCUUGUGAUGUCAUAUGGAUGGACAUAGAUUACAUGGAUGGUUCUCGAUGUUUCACAUUUCAUAAGGACCGGUUCUCGGAUCCAAAAUCUCUUGCAAACUAUCUUCAUCAAAAUGAUUUCAAAGCAGUCUGGCUGCUUCACCCAUGGAUCAAACAUGAAGAUGGCUAUAUCAUCUACAACAGUGGUUCUAAAGAAGAUAUCUGGAUUCAAACUGCUGGUGGGGAGCCUUUUGUAGGGGAGGGGUGGGUAUUUCCAGAUUUCACAAAAUCAGAAGCCCGUUCAUGGUGGGCUAGUCAUGUCAAGGACUUCGUUACUAAUGGUGUGGAUGGUAUAUGGAUUGAUCUGAAUGAACCGAGAGUUUCGGAGACGACAAUGCCUGAUAGCAUUAUUCAUAGGGGAGAUCCAGAAUACGGUGGCAAACAGGACCAUUCACACUAUCACAAUGUUUAUGGUAUGCUGAUGGCAAGAUCAACAUAUGAAGGCAUGAAACUAGCUAAUGACAAAAAACGCCCAUUUAUGCUUACUCGAGCUGGGUUUGUGGGAAGCCAAAGGUAUGCUGCUACUUGGACAGGAGCUAACAGGUCUAAUUGGGAGCACCUUCGUAUGAGUAUCCCUAUGGUUCUUAAUCUGGGGCUUAGUGGACAACCAUAUUCAGGAUCAGAUAUUGGUGGAUAUAUUGGGAAUGCAGAAUCAAAGCUGUUUAGAAGGUGGAUGGGUGUGGGUGCUAUGUUUCCAUUUUGUCGUGGGCAUUCUCUGAAAAAUAGCGCUAAUCACGAGCCUUGGUCCUUUGAUGAAGAGUGUGAAGAAGUUUGUCGAUUAGCAUUGAGGAGGCGGUAUCAGCUUUUACCUCACAUAUACAAUCUGUUUUACUUGGCACAUACACGGGGUACCCCGGUGGCGACUCCAACCUUUUUUGCUGAUCCCAAAGAUAUGGGGUUAAGAAAACAAGAUAAUUCAUUCUUGUUGGGACCAGUUCUUGUAUAUGCCAGCACCAGCGAUGCGUCAAAUUAUCAAGAGCAGCACGAGUUGCCUAAAGGAAUAUGGAUUAGUUUUGAUUUUGAUGAUUAUCAUCAGGAUUUGCCAUUCCUGUACCUAAAAGGAGGAUCCAUCAUUCCUUUGGCUCCUCCUUGUCAAAAUGUUGGUGAAGCUAAACGUGAAGAUGAUAUAACUCUGCUGGUGGCUUUGGACAAACAUGGUAAAGCUGAAGGUUUUCUCUAUGAAGAUGCUGGUGAUGGAUAUGAAUACCUUAAUGGAGAAUACUUGUUGACAACAUAUGUUGCUAAACUUCAGUCUUCCGUGGUAACCAUAGAAGUUUCGAAAACUGAAGGGUCUUGGGAGAGACCAAAGCGCCGCUUAAAUGUGAUCUUACUGAUUUGCACUGGUUCUGUGCUUGAUGCAUGGGGUAUUGAUGGGGAGAUUGUGCAAAUCAAAUUUCCCACACUAGGUGGUGCAGCUUGAAGAAAGUGCAGAAAGGUUGGUUUCAGCUGGAAGUUGACCCUCUGAACUGAAGCCAUUCUUUGGAAGACAAGAAAAUGCGUCCAAUAAUUAUGUCCAAUUUCAUAUUUUAUUUUCCAUUACUGCAGGUGUGUUCAAUAAGGUUUAUAUAUGCAAUAAUUCUGGUUUGUAAUAAGGGUUUAAAAACCCCACCUCUGUUUACCAUUGAAGGCAGUGAAUUUGAAUAAAAAAUUAUAAGAGUUGGGGAGCAGACUCCCACUCUUCUUGAUUGUUAA